AUGAUAACUUCUGGAUAUCAACUUCUGGGAUCAUCUUCAAUCAGAUUUUUAUCUUCAAGGUGCAAUCAAGUAAUAUUGCGGCGAACUUUUGCCACCAAAAAUUCUCAUAACAAACCAGAACCUUCCAAGCAUUAUGUGCUUAGCGCUGUACUUACUUUAUUAAUACCUUAUACCGGUUAUGCCAUAUAUGUCUCCACAUCGGCAGCUAAAGAAGUCGAAAUUCGUCAAAGACUUUCAGAAUUGGUGGAAGGUGAAGGGGAAAAUUUUGAAGGAACUUUGAUCAAAUAUUCUCCUUUGCAAGUGUUAGGACGUUAUGAAAAUCCAUUCUACGAGUAUAGGAUACAAACCGUUUAUGAAUUCUUUUGUAACAGAAUAUUUGAACUAUUUCAGGUUAGUAGAGGCGGGAUUCCAAAAGAUAAAGUGCAAAUGGGUAAAUUGAUGCCAGUCCAUAAACCUGAAUGGGGUCCAGAUUGUCAACUUAAAGAUUAUUCGAAUCCUAUAUCUCACAAAAUACUAAAAGAAACGUCCUCAGAAGUGGUUAAGAAGAAGGAGGGCAAGGAUUUUCCAGUUUACAAUACCUGGUUGGGACAAUCGUGUAAUUAUGUGGUCUACAACGGCCUCAAGGUAUUGACUGAUCCAAUUUUUAGUGAUUUCUUAGUGCACGAAACACUGGGACCAAAAAGAAUUACUGAAAUGCCCUGUCAAAUACAUGAUGUACCUACACCUGAUGUAAUUUUGGUUUCGCAUAACCAUCCAGAUCAUUUAGAUAUGAAGAGUUUGGAACAUUGGCAAAAGGGACAUCCACUUUGGGUAGUACCGGCAGGUAUGAAAACAUUUAUGGAGGAACAUCACGUCAGCAAUGUGGUCGAACUGUCAUGGUGGGAGACUUUGGAGCUCAAGAAAGAUGGUCAUAGUUAUCACGUCUCAAGUACACCCGCGAUGCACUGGUCUGGAAGAUCUCUUUUAGAUGCUAACGAAUCGCUUUGGUGCUCGUUCUUGUUUAGUCAUAAUGGUAAACCUAUAAUGUUCCAUGGUGGUGACACUGGGUAUGUCAAAGAUCUAUUCGUGAGGAUCAAGCAGCGCUUCGGUGGUGAUUGUAAGCUGGCGAUUCUACCAUGUGGGCAGUAUUGUCCUGAAUGGCACCAAAAACCUCGGCACAUCUGUCCUGAAGAGUUAGUGCAAAUAAUGCAAGAUUUAAAUGCUAAACACGCUUUGGGUGUUCAUUGGGGAACGUUCACACUGAGCGGAGAGUAUUUUAGAGAACCGAAGGAGAGGCUUGAAUCUUUGGCGGCAAGACAAAGUAUUAAGGAUAGAUGUUACUGUCCUGAACUUGGUAAAACGGAAAAGUUCGAAUAA